UAUAUCAUCGGUCUCCUUGCAAAUAAGAAAUAAAAUAAAAAGCACCAAAAAUACCUCUGUACAACCAUUUCUUUGUAAAACGUGAAGUGUUCAAUUUUCGUGUAAUUUGUGUGUCGAAAUGCUCCGAUCAAUAUCUUCGGUCUCUAAGUUCAUUCACUUCACAGUGUGUUACGCGGCAGCCGUUUGCAUACUAGCCAUUAUGUGCCAUGACGACGAGUCUAAUGAAAUAGUUUAGAUACUAAGAGAAUAAGACAAUAAUUACAAUAAUUAGAAUAAUAAAAAUUUAGUGCACAAUGGCGAACACGGCUCAAUUAAUUCGGCGACAAAGCUCGCGAGAUCUGUACGCGCAACGUUCCUUGGAAAGAAUGGAAAUGAAGGAAUUAAGGGGGCGUUUAGUUAAUCUAGAGAAUGGUCAGCCAUCGCGUGCACAUGCUAUGUAUGGAGCGACUAACCAGGCGUUCGAAGACACCAGUCCCAACAGGCAGUCAUCAGAAACACCAACGAGCAAGGAAAGCUCUGUUGAAGGAAGGGGUGUUUUCAAACCUGAGGGGGGGCAGGGAGAGCGAGAAUCAUGGGAUAGUAAACUCACGUUUCUUCUUGCUACAGUAGGGUAUGCAGUAGGCUUGGGUAAUGUGUGGAGAUUUCCAUAUCUAGCCCAGAAAAACGGAGGAGGGGCAUUUUUAAUACCGUAUUUCGUAAUGUUGGCAAUCGAGGGGAUCCCGAUAUUUUAUUUGGAGUUGGCGAUUGGUCAGCGUUUGCGAAAGGGUGCAAUUGGCGUGUGGCAUCAGGUUUCCCCAUAUUUGGGUGGUAUUGGAAUAAGUUCCGCGGUAGUUUCGUUCAAUGUCGCAUUAUACUACAAUUCUAUAAUAGCCUGGUGCCUAUUCUAUUUCGCUCAGAGUUUUCAAGCGGAACUCCCGUGGUCGGAAUGCCCGAAGAAAUACUUCAGCAAUGGAUCGUACACAACCGAACCAGAAUGUGCUAUGAGCAGUCCAACUCAAUAUUUCUGGUAUCGGACCACAUUACAAGUAUCGGAGGACAUCAAUUACCCAGAAACAUUUAAUUACAAAAUAGCCCUAGCCCUCAUCAUAGCCUGGAUUUUGGUAUACAUGUGUAUGAUCAAGGGUAUUGCAUCUUCUGGAAAAGUUGUUUACGUCACCGCCACUUUUCCCUAUAUAGUCCUGGUGAUCUUCUUCUUCAGAGGUAUCACUUUGAAAGGUAUGGGAGAUGGAUUGAUACACUUGUUUACACCCAAAUGGCACAAGAUAUUAGAUCCCGUUGUCUGGUUAGAAGCAGGAACACAGAUAUUCUUCUCUUUAGGCUUGGCGUUUGGAGGCCUCAUUGCCUUCAGCUCAUACAACCCCGUUGACAAUAACUGUUACAGAGAUGCCAUUAUGGUAUCAAUGACUAACUGCUUAACAUCUAUGUUCGCUGGCAUCGUUGUGUUCUCAAUCAUUGGAUUCAAAGCGACGAUGAUAUACGAAAAAUGUUUAGAAUCGAGGAACGAGACGCUUCUAGAACUUUUCGGGUCAGCGUACAAGAGUAUGGUGUUGCCAGAACCGGGACAGAAUGUGACGGUUGAAAUGAAUGGAAAUUUGACUCAUUUAAUAAUGCCACAUUUGCCGGAGUGUGAUUUACAAAAGGAAUUAGAUAAUACGGCAUCUGGCACCGGCCUCGCGUUCAUUAUUUUCACGGAAGCGAUAAACCAAUUUCCUGGCGCGCAAUUUUGGUCCGUUUUAUUUUUUCUAAUGCUGUUUACUCUGGGCAUAGACUCGCAAUUUGGGACAUUAGAGGGUGUGGUAACUUCGAUUGUGGAUAUGAAGCUUUUCCCGAAUUUAAGGAAGGAGUAUCUGACAGGCGGCAUCUGCCUCUUGUGUUGUUUAUUGUCUAUGGGAUUCGCACAUGGCGCUGGCAGCUAUAUUUUUUUACUGUUCGAUAUGUACAGCGGUAAUUUUCCACUGCUUAUCAUAGCGCUGUUUGAAUGCAUCGGAAUUUCUUACGUCUAUGGAGUUAAGAGAUUCGCUGACGACAUAGAGUCAAUGACUGGCCAGCGACCAGGCAUAUACUGGUUAAUUUGCUGGAAGUACCUCUCCCCCCUGGCCAUGAUAUCGAUCCUGAUCUCAUCAUUUGCGGAAUUAGCUGUGGAAGGCUCCGGGUACGACGCCUGGAUCAGCUCUGAGGGCGACACAAUAAGGAAACCUUGGCCGAUCUGGGCUAUUUUACUGGUUUUGGUCCUUGUUUUGGCCUCCGUGUUGUGGAUUCCUGGUUUGGCUAUUUGCAGGUACUUCGGUAUACCGGUUAUAGAAGACGAGGAACGCGCCUGGUUCCCUGCUGAAGAACUUCGUGACUUCCACGGUAUAGAACCUCGUCCAGUCUCCACUCUAGAGACUCUGCUAUUCUGCACCAGACCAGACGGCACUGAGGGAUGCUGCUGGCCAGGCUGCUGCGAAACCGAUGAUGAAGAAUAGGCACAAAUUAUCACGUAAAAUGAGCGCACAAAAAGGUUUCGAUUAGAGUAUAAUGUAGAUCUAUGUGAGUUGAACUUCAAAAUACGAGUAUAGUACAAUAACGAAAUGCUAGCAAAAUUGGCUGACCUUAUGAUACAUAUAUACGAUCUGUUAAAAACUGUGUUUAGAACAUACAAUAUACAUUUUUAUACGCAGAUGACUUAAAUAGAAACGUAUAAAAGUCAACUGGGUUUAAAAAUUACUGUAUUAAAUACCUAAAUUCAUAUCAAGUAUCAGGAUUAUCAAAUACUUAUAUAAGGUAAGAUCUCUUAGUGUAAAAAGACUCAAAGCAAAUGACAAUAAUUGACAGAAUUGUUACCAUACUUGUUGCUGCGA